AUGAAGCGUAGGAAGGAUAGCAGAGCUGGACGCAUCCCACCAAUCAUCGCCAAAGUGGAGAAAAUCGGUAGCCCAGAGACUCUCGUACGCCUAUGGGACAGCUGCAGGGCAUCGAGGGCUCGCGAUCAGAGUAUCGUUAGCGGGACGCGACAGGUCCUGCCUGGCGAACCGGAAGGUGACUUGGAUGGCCCGUCUGUGCUGGAACGACUUGAUUCCCUCAGAGAGCAGGCGGCUGCAGCUAGUUCAAGCAUUCACUUUUCCAUUGCUAUCAAGCGCUAUCAUCAUACUCAGAUGGUCCACUUAUACAACAGGGCGAGAGACCUAGACGAGACGACGAUUGAGGCGGCAGAUCCAGGCAGCGGCUCCCAGUCUCUGGUUGACCAAUUUGCGGAGAGGCUUUUCCCUAGCGCCUCAUCAGUCGAAAAGCAGGCUGGUCGGGGGCCGAAGCUCAAGAGGAAGCCGCUGAAGAGCGCAUUCAACAGGUGGCUGACCCUCGGGAAUAAGCUAACCACACUAGUUGCCAGCAUUCGACGACUUCGUGAUGGUGAUCUCCUCGCGGUGCUGAAUCGGUUAGAUACGCAUGUCCGACUGAAAGACAGCAUCCAGGCCCUCACAGAAGUGCUUCUCAGUCUGGUCACAUGGGGCAUCCUGCCUGUGGCGAGAAUUGGCUUGGAGACGUAUGCCUCUGCGUCGCAGGUUCGAAAACUGGCUUCGGAGCCUAUGUUCCUGGGGGGCCUAUUGUCUUGGUGUACUGGCGCAGCAUCCGACCCGGACCUCGCGAUGUUGACGCAGCCAGCUCUCCAUUCGGCGACUGAACACCGCGACAGCACGGCCGAGGUGGACAAUCUUUCAUUUCACGCCGACGACUGA